CGUCACUCCGUCCAGUCCAUUGACCGCUCUCUAGGCCCCACGCAAAAGCAUCCUCAAGACUCACAACCGUCUCAGUCAAGAAUCCGCUACAGCAUCUUUUAGCAUCGACUCUCAAAAUGUGACCCUCUCGAUGGACACUACAGAGAUCAUCAAGCCGUCUCGCAAGAGUCUCGCCCGGCGUGUCAGCUUCGCGAGCCAUGCUCAUGUCAGGUUAUUCGAGAAGAGCAAGAAGAACGCCCGCAAAUCUCAACUCGAGGACGAGGACGAUGAGGAAGAAGAGGAAGAAGAGUGGGAAGAAGAACGACAGAAGAAGACCACGCGACGAAGGUCGUCUACAGGUUUCCCCACCGAACCAGAGAACUUUGGCGAAGGCGAGCAGUCUAUGGAGUUGGACGAAGAUGACACAGCCCCUAUGCCACAGAAUUUCCUCGAUGGCCCGGCUUUAGACGAGGAACAGCCCGAGUUUGAUGACGAAGGGGACUAUGAGGACAUGGAUGUCACACAGGCGAUUCCGAGGCAAGCGUUGGGGGCGCGCAAGUCUUCUCUCGGGUUUGGAAGGGAGAGCUUGGCAUCCGGGCGAGAAAGUCUUGCAGGUUCAUCGAGCGGGCGACGUUCAAGUAUCGUGACUUCUUCACAGAACCUUGGCGAGAACCAACCCUACCAACCCCGUCAGCUAGCUGUGCGCGAAGAACCCGAUGAAGAUGAGGACGAUGACACUCAGCAGUUCAAUCGCUUCGACCAGGAAAACGACACUAUCCGCCGCGCUCGGUUUGCAGAUCCUGAAGAGAAUAACACCGUUAUGACGCAGUCCGACAUGGACGUGACCACUACAUCUAUAGACCCUACGACUUCGUCCAAUGGUGACAGCACCGGCCAGCCUAUGGAGUUUACAAUUCCAAUCCUCCGCCCGCCUCCUCCACCUGACGAGGCUUGGCUCAAGCUGCGUGCCAUGACGCAUUCUGGCACCGAGCCUUACGAGGAACCCGAGAUGGAGCCUCUCGACGACCCUGAAGCCAACGUCAUCGUACAGUCAGAGCCAUACUGGGACGAGGAUGGUGCACAGCUCAAACACCAUGUUCUUGAAGCGAGGCUCGGAAAUGAGAGCUAUCAGGAAGAACCUUCGGGUGAAGCGAAAGGCGGGCAGGAGGACGGGUCUCUAGACGAGUCGGGAAUGGAUCUGACGGUUGCACUGUCGCGUCUGGCGAAGGCGCGUUCAUCCCUUGGCCUGCCACCGCUGCAGGAGGGUGACACACAGAGCUUCUCGUUUGCUCAAGAUGGCAUGAACGACACGUUCACCAGCACGGAAGAUAGCUUUGGAGAUGUCUCUCUAGAUGGUAAUCAAACUCUGAACCUGACCAAAAUUCGCAUGAGUCUUGGUGGUGCACAGAAUUUGGGGUAUGAUGAACCACUACCUCCGCCUCCGUCUCAGCAGCAACAAGCAGCGGAGCAGUCAAAUGUAGAACCACCUGCGCUACCGCUGCAAGCUCGAACCGAGGAGACGCGGUCCGCUUUGCCGUCGUCCUCUGUGCCACCAUCUGUGUUCUCAGCUGGACCCUCUGUCUUCAGUGCACCUGCACCGAAGUUAACGUCUCUUCCGCAGGUUGUCGCCCCACCUCCUGUUUUCACGUUAUCUACGACACCCCCGCAAGGCAACUCGACCCAAUCCUCUUCUCAAUCUACGCCUACUCCCGCCCCUUCUACCAUUUCUGCUAAGCCGUCACAAAUUCCAAAAUCUCCGGCAAAGCAGCCCUUGACUGUCCCCAAGCCCUUCACUUUCAGCGUCCCUUCACGCAUCACCAACGACACACCUCCUAAGGCGACACCUAAACCGCCCUCCUCGCCAUCCAAACUCCCUGUCUUUCGCGGAACUGCAGCUUUCGCUCCACACACUGUGCCCAAAUCCCCGCGUAAACGCCCAGUGCCUGAAGACCUUGUUACAGACCUAGACGUCGAUGCUCCCAGUCCUGCGAAGAAACAAGUAGUGGAAAAGUUGGGUGAGACCCAACCGCGGCCGCAGCCCGUACCCGCGCAGGGUGAACAAAACCAGAACCGGAGGGCAAGUGCGAGCGCGGCGAGGCGUCCUUCGGGGUACUUCGCGCAGAGGAGAAGUUUGGGUCCGGCUGCUAGUGUACCGCCAUUCCAAACCAAUCCUGAGGCGUCGAGUUUGUCGAAGAGUAUCUCUGUGCCCUCGGUGGCUAGCCAACCUGUUGCCUUGCAGAUGGCAAGCGUAGACAUGAAUGAGGAUCGCGCCACGCCUCAACCGGCCGAAGAUGAGCAGCCGGAACGGCUCUACCCAGACCUGUCCACUAUCCAGGAGGAAUCGACGCAGAAGACCAACCUCACACUUCCUCGCACGCGCACACCGAGUCCUGAUGAGGUCCCGUCAUCAAAUCCCGCGAGUCCCAGCAGGAAGGACAAAGCGGAUGGUGAAGAGGGUAAGGAAUGCGAACGCGAGGCUCGUCGCCAGGCAAUUGCUACGCCAAGCCCGACGCGCGGCUCGCCGUCGCCCUUCAUGGUUCGUGCUGCCUCGCCUGCACACCAGCAGCAGCAGCAGCAGCAGCAAAGGAGGCCAUCGACAUUACCUGCUCCUAGACCUUCUAUCUUCGGGCAGCGAAGGCAAUCUGUUGCCGCGCCCCCACUCAGGCCCGCGUCCCCCGUCGUGGUGCCAUCCGCAGACAAUGUAGGCAUAAAGGAGAAAGAGAAAGCACCGACAAAGACUCUAAGCUUUGCGGAGGAGGAUGAGCCGGUACCGACUGACAGGCCAAUGGAUAUCGACGGAGUGGAGGUGACCCAGCAAUGGCUGCAGGGCGUCGAAGAUAACUCUGAGAGCGAGGAGCCUACGAUUUCCAUCGAGCAGUUCUUCCAGAUGACCGGCAUCCGGUUCAUGGACGAGAUUACCGCCCCGCGGCGAUCGACAAUCCAUCCCGCGCAUCUGCGUACGCGCAACCGGCGGCGAUCAUUGACCUCUUCGCACUCAGAAGAGGCGGAGCCAAUUGCGCUUGCCGAGUACAUGGCCGCGAUGUCCAUAGAGGUGCCACAGCUUGAGCUGUACGGCGUACUCUCGGAGGACCUCACCGGCUGGAUCGACGAAAGCAAGAAGAUCUGCAAGCAGGCGGAGGAAGACGUACUCAGGAUGACGCCCGCGCUGUUCGCAGAGUUUGCGCUCGCGGAUGAGGUAGAAAAGCAGGACCUCCUACACCAACUCAAAAUCAUCAAAGCGAACUGUGUCGGCAGUGCGAAAUCGCAGUGGUACGACUGGAAGAGCGAGUGGGUCGACCGGCUGCUCGAGUCCGCUGAAGAGGCGUUUGGCGGCCUCGAGAGCGACGCCAAAUUCCUGGAAGGGAUUACCAACGAAGCACAGGACAUAUUACCCUCGUUGCGUGCCGAGUACGCGCAGGUCAUGGAAGAGCUUGAGAAGGAGGAAACAGCCGUUGCUGAACUUGAGAAGUCCGACAAGGAAUAUCUCAACGAGCUCAAAGUGUCUAUCGCUGAGCAAGACACGGAGAUCCAGUCGUUCAAGGCGAAUGUCUCAGAGGCCGAAACCAAGCUUCAGCGGCUGCAGGAGAGGCUGGAUGAAAUCGAAGCGCAGAAGAAGGAAACCAAUGCUGCCAUAGCUGAGGCCCAGCGUGUUAUCCAGGUCAAAACCGAGAGUAACAGCUCCGAGGUUUCCCGUCUUAAAGUCGAGCUCGAGACUUUAGAAGACCUCCAUUCGUGGCGCGUAACCAAGAUUAGCCCGGACCUAUUCGAGUUCCUCUACGCCACACGGUACCACGUCACCGUUCCGUGCGUCAAUUUUCGCCCUGAGUUCGACAAGACCAUCGUGGUACAAACGGCAGAAUCUAAGCUCAAGGAGCGCGACCCGUUCCUGGCGUUUACGCAGCUCAUGAUCGCGAACGCGCGACACGUGCUCAUGGCACAGAAGGGCAAGACGAAGCUGUGUUCAGUGGUGCAGCCGCUCGGCGACUUCUGGUCGUCGUGCGCGCAGCUCCGAUCGCAGCUGACAUUCCUUCGCAUCAGGUUUCCGCUCGAUGUCGAGGCUGUGCCCGUGGAAGGCGCCCCGUCAUCUCUGCGAGCGAGCGCCAUGAUAAUGCUCCCUUCGGCGAAGUCGAAAGCUUUUGUCUCGUUUAUCUUCGACUGGAACACGUUUUCGCGCUGGCCGCUGUCCAUUCGCGGGCUGAAAUGCGACGUCGAGAUUGCGUACGGCAGCGCUGAGUAAGUCACCCCUGCCUCGCCUAGUUUACUGGUUGCAGCUAACUGUCCUUCCAGCCGCGAAAAGGUCUUGAGCGCAGUUCUGGACCGCCUCUCACAAGCUACGCCUUCUGAAAAUCAUGGAUAUCUAUUGGAUGCCUGUAUUGAAGCCGCGGAGCAAUUCGCGUAACUGCUUCUAGUCUAAGUGUAUUUUAUAAUACCCUUUACGAACGCGAUGCUGGGACUUCCUUCUGCUGCUUGACGAGACCCCGUCCGAUGAAGCCCCAGGCAAUCUGGUUCGCAAUGGUGAUGCUCACACCAAGGUCCUCAGCGAAUGCCCAGACGGCACCGGGGUGCUUCUGGAAGUGACGGCCAACAAAGAUGACGUCGGCCUGGUUCGCGUCGAGGACGGCCUGCGCGGUCUUGCCGUUCGUGAUGCCCCCGACGGUGGUGACAAUGAGGCGAUCGCCGAGCGCAGCCUUGAUCGGGCCAGAGAGGUCCGCGUGGAAGGCCUCCUUGCCCUUCGGCGGGAGCGAUUGCUGCGGGUGGUUGCCUGCGGACGAAACGUCGAGGACGUCGACACCGCGCUGUGCAAAGAGUUCUGCGAGGCGAAUCGAGUCCUGGACCGUCCACGAAGGCUGGUCAGGGAAGACCGUCUCGAGGCGGUCAGUAGCAGAGAUCCUGUUUGCAGCCAGUGAGUUUGCGAAUGGGCACAAUAGCUGGAAGUAGCCUACCGGACAAAAAGAGGCAUAUCUUCUGGGAUCGCGGCGCGGACGGCAUCGACGAUCUCGAGAUGCAACCUCGUGCGGUUCUCGAAACUGCCACCGUACUCGUCUGUGCGGUGGUUGCUCACGGGCGACGCAAACUCGUGUAGCAGGUAGCCGUGCGCGGCGUGGAUCUCAAUAACAUCGAUGCCCGCCCGGACGGAGCGUUUUGCGGCGUCGACGAACGCUUGCUUGAUACGCUGGAUGCCCUCCUUCGUGAGCUCUUUCGGGGACGGGAAGCCUUCGGAGUGCUUGAUAGCGCUCGGGGCGACGACGUCGUUCGGCCAGCCACCCUGAUCCUCGCCCGCGGUCGCGCUGAACGAGAGCCACGGCGCGACAGUCGACGCUUUGCGGCCUGCGUGCGCGAGCUGAAUGGCAAUCUUCUGGUUCUGGGAGUGUGCAAAGGUAAUGAUCUCUUGGAAGGCGGGGAUGUGCUCGUCGGACCAGAUGCCAAGGUCCUCAGGGGUGAUACGGCCCUCUGGGGCCACAGCGCUCGCCUCAAUGAACGUAAGGCCGGGGCCUCGCGAGACGAUGCCGCCAACUGGAAACGGUAGACGCGUUAGUGAUGCAAAGCAGGCCAUGAGCCAACUCCUGCUACUCACGAUGCGCCAUGUGCCACGGUGCGGGCACGCCAUUCUUAGCCGAGUACUGGCACAGAGGAGAAAGCUUUGGCAAUACGAU